UUCUGAGGGUUCAAUGAUAAAAUGGGUUGUGGGCCCACUCUGCCUGGCACCAAGCCAGAGAGCAAUACAUUGUGGGGUUACAUUUAUGAUUUCUUCCAAUAGGGCUGGUGCCUGGUAACUACUGGAAAAACUGUAGCAAUUAUAUUUAUGGUUAUUUCUUCAGUCCCACCCGGCAUAGGUUAAGCACCAAAGUUGGGGUAGUGAGUCUUGGGGAGCCUUUGCUAAGGGUUUGGUCGUCUGAGGGAUGGGCUCGGGGACCAUCCAGCCACUGGGACUUCAGAGAAACUCCAGCUCCCCAACCAGCUGCUGUGUGUGUGGCCGGGGUCUUCCCCACAACUAGGGGGAGCACAGCUGGGGACUCAGCUAUAUCUUCCAGCUGGGUUUGGGACAUUUUCUUCCGUAGGAUCCGGUGCGUCUUGCCCUGAAUGUAAGGCCCUGCAGGGUCGGAAUGUCUCAGUUAUUCCCCCAACACUCCAGCCUCCAUCUGGGCCUUUUUUCCAGGCUAUUCUCUCUGCCUUCACUGUUGGGGCCACUGUCCUGUGUAGGCACCAAGGCCUGACCAUGCCAUCCAGAAGCCCCAGCCUGGGACAACUCUCCCUCACCUGCCUCUGAGCCCUCCAUGGUGACUUUUGUUCCCCAAACCUUAUCCUUCUCCCCAUUACACAGAAGGGAAAGCUGAGGCUCUGUCACUCAAAUCCAAAGCCAGGUGGACUCCAAGCCGCCCCACCCCUAUCCCAGACAGCACAGGCUGCCUCUCUCCCCCAUGGGCGUCCCUUGAAAGCCAGGUUGCCCCCCACCCCCCACAAGCCUUGGACGAUGAAAAGAAGGAAGGCCAGUUCUCUUCACCCCAAGCCAGAAGUGGGGCUGGGGGGUACCCUUGAGAAAUGACACGCCACUCCCUUCGCCAGCUUCUGCUUUCCGGCAUGGCUGUGGUCAAGCCUGAGUCAGUCCCACGGGACCACGGUGGGGAGUCUGGAGCGUCUGGGUCAGGAGUUUGAGGGGGGAAGGGUUGAGGGGCAGGAUGUGGGGGUUGGGUGUGAGAGAGGUCACAGGCAAGGCUGGAGGGAGGGCACCUGGCCACACACAGGCCUUACCCGCUCUCAGGGGGCUGAAUAUUUCAGUUACUCCCCCAACACCCAGCCUCCAUCCCAUCCCCAGCCUCCAUCCCAUCCCCAGCCUCCAUCCGACAUCACCCCUGUUAGGUCACAGGCCCACACUGAGAGUGGGUCUCGGGCCUCAAGUCCCCUGGCCGCCCCUGGAAGGUCUAGGGGUGCGUGGAGACACCAUAAUUCCUCUCAGCCUCUCUGUGUCUGUCUCAAAGGCCCCACCUCACCUCCCCUAAAGGUACUCUUGCGCCAGGGCUCACAUGCCUGGGCAGGGCUGAUUGCCAAGGGGCCCAAUGGCCUCGUGACUGGGGACCCAGCACCUGGCAGGGGUGGGGGCAGGACAGUCAGAGGAAGGAGUGGAGGAGGGAGAGACGCUGGCCCGGGACCAGAGGGGCGUGGGCAUCGGGAGGCGGGCCCGGGUUAGGGGCGGGACCGCCGCCUGGUUAAAGGCGCUCAUUUCUCAGGCAGCCGCUGCAGCCGCCACACCUUUGCCCCUGCCGCGAUGACCCUGUCGCCACUUCUGCUGUUCCUGCCACCGCUGCUGCUGCUGGACGUCCCCACGGCGGCGGUGCAGGCGUCCCCUCUGCAAGCGUUAGACAUCUUUGGGAAUGGGCCACCAGUUAACUACAAGAUGGGCAAUCUGUACCUGCGGGGGCCCCUGAAGAAGUCCAAUGCACCGCUUGUCAAUGUGACCCUCUACUAUGAAGCACUGUGCGGUGGCUGCCGAGCCUUCCUGAUCCGGGAGCUCUUCCCAACAUGGCUGCUGGUCAUGGAGAUCCUCAAUGUCACGCUGGUGCCCUACGGAAACGCACAGGAACAAAAUGUCAGCGGCAGGUGGGAGUUCAAGUGCCAGCAUGGAGAAGAGGAGUGCAAAUUCAACAAGGUGGAGGCCUGCCUGUUGGAUGAACUUGACAUUGAGCUAGCCUUCCUGACCAUUGUCUGCAUGGAAGAGUUUGAGGACAUGGAGAGAAGUCUGCCACUAUGCCUGCAGCUCUACGCCCCAGGGCUGUCGCCAGACACUAUCAUGGAGUGUGCAAUGGGGGACCGCGGCAUGCAGCUCAUGCACGCCAACGCCCAGCGGACAGAUGCUCUCCAGCCACCUCACGAGUAUGUGCCCUGGGUCACCGUCAAUGGGAAACCCUUGGAAGAUCUGACCCAGCUCCUGACCCUUGUCUGCCAGUUGUACCAGGGCAAGAAGCCGGAUGUCUGCCCUCCCUCAACCAGCUCCCUCAGGAGUGUCUGCUUCAAGUGAUGGCCGGUGCGCUGCGGAGAUCUCAUGGAAGGCGAGUGGGAACCCGGCUGCCUGCCUUUCUUUCUGAUCCAGACCCUCGGCACCUGCUGCUCACCAACUGGAAAAUUUCUAUGCAUGCCAUGAAGCCCAGAUACACAAAAUUCCACCCCAUGAUCAAGAAUCUUGCUCCACUAAGAAUGGUGCUAAAGUAAAACUAGUUUAAUAAGCCA